AUGUCUUGCUGCAGCGACCUCCCUCCCGUCCAGGCUGAAUACACCCCCAAGGGUACCUACACUACCUUCUCUGGCCUCAAGACCUAUGUCGUUGGCCCUGGAGACGCCAAGGCUGCCGUCCUCUACACCUACGAUAUCUUUGGCUUCUCCCCCCAGAUCCUCCAGGGUGCCGACCUCAUUGCCUCCCAAGGCUACCGCGUCGUCAUGCCCGACUUUCUCGUCGGCAAGUACGCUACUCCCGAACUCUUUGCCCCCGGCGCCGAAGCCAAGAAACAGGAAUACAUUUCUCAGUUCCCCGCUGCUAUCCCCACCCAGUCUAAACCUUUGGCCGACUCUAUCGCUGCUUUGAAGGCUGCUGGCCACAGCAGGGUCGCUAUUCUUGGUGCUUGCUGGGGUUACAAGGCUGCUGUGAUGACUGAGGGUCUUGCUGGUGUUGAUGUGUUCCUUGCUGUCCACCCUACGUUCCCUGCCCCCGAGGACGCCGAGAAGAUCAACGUCCCUACCCUUAUCCUCUCUACCUCUGGUGAAGACAAGUCUGUCAUCGACGCCAUCGAGAAGGGUGUCGAGGCCAAGAACCCCGGCAAGAACUUUUUCAAGCGCUACGCCGACCAGCAGCACGGUUUCGCUGCUGCCCGUGCUGAUCUCUCUGGUGGUGACACCCUCGCGGCCUACGUGGAGGCUUACCAGCUCAUCGUCAAGUUCUUGAAGGAGCACCUCUAA